GUCUGUUACUCGGUCUAAACCGAUCGCUGUCCGCGCGUUCUCAGCUCGGUCCAUCCCAUUCGUGCUGACGAUUUUUCAAAACAUCGUUUUCAUUUGAACAAGGUGUACAUGUUCUUUUGCCGUCACUUUAUCUCUGUGAGUCGGCUAGUAUACCCGUGACUUAGUUCCCUCAUGGCACUGCUGCUUUAACAUAUCCAAGUGAUACUCUAUUUGUUUAUCAUCAAUUAUGUAUAUGUUGUAUAUAUAUCAAAUAGUAUUAUAGUGUUUUAACAUAUCAUCAAUCAAUCAGUUGAGUUGACGAAUUAUGAAAAGCAUUGAAUUCUCGUUUGGAGUAUGCUCUAGACUGUGUGCUUGAUUUUAAAAUAUCCUUUGGCCAACUUAUAAAGAUAUCUGACCAAGGAUAUAAAUAAAUUCAGUGAUCAUUUAAGAUAUCCGGAUAAUUAUUCUGUGAGAGUGAUAAGGCAUAAGGGAACACGAGUGGUUGGAUUACGGACGCGAGUAUAGGUGAUGUUGCUGGAGUCGCGAAGUCUCGCUGCAAGGAAGAGAAACGGACUGACCCUGACUACCUACGGCGGGGGUGGUGCCGGUAGUGAAGAAGACGAAGAGGACUCACGUUCUCUUCUCGGUGGCGCCGACGGCGAAAAGAUGCCGCGAUGCGGCGAGCCGGAGGCGACCACUGCCGUAGCAACUGGAAUACCUGGAUGUACCCAGGAUGAUGGAGAUGAUAGUUCAAGUCCAUCACCCAACAGUAGUCUUCUCAACAAUAAUAACAACAACAAUAACAAUAAUUGCAACUCCAAUCGCCAAUGCGCCACUGAUUUUAGCAUAGCUGCCAUCAUGGCACGAGAUUCUCGUCAACAACAGCAACAGGCUCAGCAACAACAAGCACAUCACAAACAACCACCUAUUGGAAGUGGAAAGAUUCAUUCACAUGAAAGGGAAGCUGGUGUUUCAGGAGUUGGUCGAAUUUCCGUACCACCACCAGAUUCUAUAGACAUUGAUGAUGAUGUAGAGACUGAUGAUGCUGGAAGUACUAGUGGAAAAGCACCUUCUCCAUCAACAAAUCCUCUCCUUCAGGAACAUUCUAAUUGUGAGGAACUAAGACAUGUUGUUUGCCAUUUAGAAACGAAAGAACUUUGGGAUAAGUUCAAUGAACUAGGCACUGAAAUGAUCAUCACUAAAACAGGAAGGAGGAUGUUUCCAACCUGUCGAGUAUCUUUCAAUGGACUUAAGCCUGAUGGUCGGUAUGCUGUUUUGAUGGACAUAGUACCAGUAGACAAGAAAAGGUAUCGAUAUGCUUACCACAGGAGCUCAUGGCUGGUGGCAGGAAAGGCUGAUCCUCCAGCUCCAGCAAGACUUUAUGUUCAUCCGGAUUCUCCUUUCACUGGAGAACAGCUUAGAAAACAAAUUGUUUCAUUUGAGAAAGUCAAACUGACCAACAAUGAGAUGGAUAGACAUGGGCAUCUGGUACUGAACUCGAUGCACAAGUACCAACCACGGAUCCACCUGGUGAAGCGGCCGGACUCGGGUGCCAAGGACCCGAUAGAGGAUCUUGAGCGCGAGCCACACAAGACCUUCAUAUUCCCGGAGGCCAUUUUCACCGCCGUCACCGCCUAUCAGAAUCAGCUCAUAACUAAAUUGAAGAUAGACAGUAAUCCGUUCGCCAAAGGAUUCCGGGAUUCUUCGCGGCUUACAGACUUUGAGAGUUUUCCUUUCAGGGAAACCAUGGAAUCAAUGUUGGCAGAACAGCAAUCAAUGCGAUUUCCUCAUCGGUUUCCAUUCGAAAUGGAACAACUUCAAAGUGGAGCCAGCAAUCUUAGUUUAGAAGAGAAAGCGUUAUGGGCUGCACGAUCUCAGAUACUUCUAAGGGCUGCAGCAGCUGCAGCUGUUGGACCUUAUGCUCAGCUAGUGAGUCCUGCUCUGGUCUAUCCAAGUGCCUCAACAGUAGCAGGGUCGAGUCAUCAACAGCAACAACAACACCAACAACAGCAGCAUCAACAGCAACAACAACAACUAGGUCAUUUAUGGUGGGCAUCAUCGUUAGGUCCAACGCUCUUUGCUGCUGCACACCAUCAUCAACAACAACAACUUGCUGCAUCUGGCUCACAACAAAGUCCGCCUACAGGACCAGCUGCACCUCGACCAAUAUAUCCUUCAGCUCUGGCAUUAACUCAUCAUCGAUUCUCACCAUAUCCCAGUAUGACUGGUAGAAAGCCAUCAGUUCCUUCAGCUUCAUCACCAUCAGCAUCAAGACGAGCUACACCUUCGCCUACUGAUAGUCUUUAUCGUGAAGCACAAGAUCUAUCACCUUCGUAGUCGUUGAUUGUUCACAAGUACCCAGUGUUUUCAUAGAGUUACAAAUGAACUAUCUGAAUUUCUCAAUGAUUAUGAGUGUAAUAUGAAUUCGAUAAGUAUUUUUUGUAUGCAUUCCUUAUAAGAGGAAUCAAAGAGACGGAAAAAAUUAUGUGCAAAUAUUAAAAAAAACAAAAACACUCUCGUCUCUCUGUGUAACAUAAGCUGUAUAUUUCGUAAUAUUAAUAUUAUUGGUGAUUAUUAUUGCAUACUGUUAUCGUUAUUUAUGUUUUUCUUUUUUUAAAAAGAUUAUUGUCUAGAACGAGAAAUAACCGAGAGCUAUUGGUGUACACACUUAAAAUAUUUAUCAAAAUUAAAGACAAUUUUAAGAUAUAAUCUUAAUUAAAAUUUCAAAACCCAUAGCUGUCGGUGAUGUCUCGAAAAUUUUAUCGCUAAAAUAGUGCUAGCGUAAAACGUUAUUAAUUAAUUAUUAUAUUGUUAAUAAAUUGCUUGUGUUUCGGAAAAAGCAUUAUCUAUUGUAAUGAUAAACCGCACUGCAAGCUAAUGUCCCAUGUAAAUAAACCCUAAAAAUAAAAAAGAAAAACUCUUGUACUGAGAA